UACGUUCAUAUUACAAAUAUAUAAAGAAAAUAGAAUUUAAUGAGAGUUUAAUUCCGAAUAAUAAUGAAUAUAGCGUUUAGCUAACAAAAGUUCAACGUCGAAUUAAAAGUUGAUUUUCGAUAUUUUUUCAAGAUUUUUACAAUGUUAAAAUGGUCAAAACAACGGCAGUAUUCAGUCGGCUCAGCUUCAUUGUUUGAAAUGCAAAACGUUGAGAGAAAAUUUUCUCGACGUAAAACUAAAAGUUAUUUCGAACAACAAUCCGAAGAGAGAAAUAAUGGAAAUGCUGAAAAUAAUGGAGACGCUGAAUUUAAUAAUUCACUCUUAAAUAAAAAUUUUUCUUGCGAAGGAUUGGGCGUUUUUACAACAAGUAAUAAAAAGUUUUAUUAUUAUAUAAAAUCAACAAAAUCUUCUAAAAACAGUUUCAAACAAUCGCAAAAUAAAACCUGCGUUUGCACAAACGACUCCGUUGAUUCCAAAAAGAAAGCUAAUUCAAGUUCGGAAACUUAUCUACCCAUAAAAAAAAAAGAAAAACUACAAAAAAGACCACGACUUAGUAAAACCAGAAAGAAAAAUUUAGUGGAUAGACAACACAGUUUAUCAAACAGAUGUUCAACAAGUUUACGAGAAUCUAACAUGACUUCACCCAAAUAUCGCAUUCAAAACGAAGCGAUGGACAAUAAAGAGUUAAACUCGGAAAACCUUUUUUACACAGAUAUAAGUUUGAAUUUUCUUUCAAAUGAACAAUUAGUGCAGUUAAAAAAACAAAUGACAACAUUCAAUAAACAAUCAAUGCAAGUGAAAAAACAACCAGCGUUAAGUAGAUCGCCUAUAUUGCCAACAAAACAAAUGACGUUGUCAAAUCAAAAGUCGAGGCCGCUAAAUUUGCGAUAUGCAAAAAAAUUCUUGAUUAGAAGAGACCACGUACUUGUAAUAAAUGAUAAAAAAAACACUUUAAAAGACCAUUUUUUCAAUCAGAAAUGCUCAGUAAAAGAAAAUAAUAUACCAAUAAACGGAAAAGUUACAAAAAGCCAGAGCUUUGCAGUAAAAGACUGUAGCACUCAAAAAAAUGACGAAACAUCGAAAACUUUCGGAAAGUUGGAUCAUUUAAACGGAAUUUAUACAAACAAAAAUAACUUGAAUGAGAAAAUUAAAAGCAACCCUUUAUUGUUUAUUAAAUCGCGAAUUUUCAAAUUAUAAAAAUGUAAAAUUAAAAACAAAAGUAACA